AUGACUUAAUUAAAGGCAACUCUGCUUUAGCAAUAAUAAGCAAAAAAGAGGAGACAGAGCGAUGAUACCAGAGAUAGUUCCAACGACAAGAGGAGCACAUCGACACCAACCAAGUUGAAGAAGUAUAUCGGGGAGGCUCCAGACGAGGUUGUGACAAGGAAAAAGAAGAAGACCUUGAGUUUAAAAGAUGUCAGAAAAAGCAGAUAUGCCUAUAAUGAUUUUGUGCCUAGACCAUCUCUGCUGGAUCAAGUCUAUACAGACUCUUCGAUUUCUUAAUCACCUUUUAAAGGAAUGAUGAGACUUUCGCUUAUUAUUGCCUUUAUUUUUGUUGUCAAUAGUAUUGCAAGCCUUUGUCAACCACUAUUUGAUUCUGAAAGGUUUCCCAUGAAUUCCUACUUCAAGAUGAACAGAGACUAUAUGGAAGCAUAUAAUUUGGAGUUAGCUGUGAAAUAAACAGGUACAAAGGUAGAGUUUUCCUCUAAAUACCCUAAAAACAUUAAUAUAUGGGAUUUUAUGCACUUUAUGCUCCACCCUAUGGUAGUGUAUGAGACUUAUCAAAGCCAGCUCAUUCCACUUGCUCAUUUGUUGCAAGAUGGAGUCUCGAGUCUUGAAUUAUUCUCUAGCUUCUACGUCCCAAUUAUGAUGAUGUAUUUCACUUGCUUCUUUAUAGUAUUUGACUUCGCCUGCAAUUUCUGGGCUGAGGUUUCUGGAUUCGCUGAUAGACAAUUCUAUUAAGACUUUUGGAAUAGUACGAAUUUCGACGAGUAUGCUAGGAAAUGGAACCGACUAGUUCAUGAAUUCUUGUAUAGACACUUCUACUUGGAGUAUCUAAUGAGAUACAAGGUGACAGUUUUCCAGGCCAAUAUACUGACAUUUGUAUUUAGUAUCCUCUUCCAUGAAAUUUUCUUGACAGUGCUCUUCCACAAAGUAUCUUUCUAUCUUACCAGUCUUCAAGUUAUCCAAGUUUCUGCGGUGUCGUUGUUCCAAAAAUUCAAGGGAAGGCUAGUUGGUAAUAUCUUUUUCUGGUCCAGUCAAAUGUUCGGAAUAACAAGUGUCUUAUUCAGUUAUACCUAUGACUAUUGCAAUUUCUGGUACAAUCCAGGAGGAGACUAUUAUUGA